AUGGCAGAAAGGGAGUGUGGCAGCAAAGACAACGAGGAGCUAGCUGUGCAGCUUUGCAGCACUGGGAACAUGCAAGAGGGGGUCAACAAGCUGAUGCCCAAAGGCUUAAGAAACCCCGGCGGUGACAUGCAUACUAAAGCAUGCGGGGGGACACCUCCUGAAAAGGCGACUGACGGCGCUGAUCACAGGCUCUCACGCGAGCGACACACCAAGCGCGGGCGCGCACUAGUCUUUCCGUGUGGCAGCCAGGUGCCCCCCGAGGCUCGGCGGCUCUUCCGCCUCGACCCGCGCUCAGGGCGCCUCACACUGGAGGCUGCUGUGGACUAUGAGCGCAACCGUACCUACGAGCUGGAUGUGCGUGCCCAGGACCGUGGUGCCAGCCCCCGCGCCGCCACCUGCACGGUCAUCGUGCGCCUCGCCGAUGUCAAUGACAACGCUCCACGCAUCAGCAUCAGUGCCCUCCGCGGUGCCGCCAGCGCUGCUGGCGUGGCUUAUGUCAGUGAGGCUGCGGCCAGCGAAAGCUUUGUGGCGCUCGUCAGUGCAUCGGACCGCGACUCAGGCGCCAAUGGGCAGGUGCGCUGCAGCCUCCGUGGCCAUGACCACUUCGCCCUGCAGCGUGCCUAUGAGGACAGUUACAUGAUCGUCACCACAGCGGCGCUGGACCGUGAGCGCAUCCCCGAGUACAACCUCACCGUGGUGGCUGAAGACCUGGGCUCGCCACCCUUCAAGACCGUCCGUCAGUACACAGUGCGGGUGAGCGACGAGAACGACAAUGCCCCGCUCUUCGCUAAGCCCCUCUACGAGGUGGCUGUGCCAGAGAACAACCCACCUGGCGCCUACAUCACCACUGUGGUGGCCCGCGACCCUGACCUUGGCCACAAUGGCAAAGUCACCUACCGGCUCCUAGACACCCAGGUCAUGGGGGCCCCCAUCUCCACCUAUGUCUCAGUGGACCCUGCUACCGGGGCCAUCUAUGCCCUCAGGACGUUCAACUAUGAGAUUCUCAAGCAGCUGGACCUGAGGAUCCAGGCCACUGAUGGGGGUUCCCCACAGCUCUCCAGCAGCACCCUCGUCAAGGUAAGGAUGGUGGACCAGAACGACAACCCGCCCGUCAUCAUCCACCCGGUGCUCACCAAUGGGUCAGUGGAAAUCGGCGUGUCCAGCAAGACCUCCCGUGACUCCCUCGUGGCCCAGAUCAAAGCCCGAGAUGCGGAUGAUGGGGCCAACGCUGAGCUCACCUUUGCCUUCCUAGAGGAACCUCAGCAGGACCUUUUCACUAUCAGCCCAAGCACUGGGGACAUUGUGCUGAGGGGCGACCUCUCUGAAGAGCUGGGACAGCUGUUCAAGGUCAUUCUCACCGUGACAGACAAUGGCAACCCCCCCCUGGCCACAACUGCCACCAUCAACUUUCUGGUAACUGCCACAGCUCCUUCCAGUAUCCAGGAGAUAGCCAAGCCCAGCUCCUGGGAAGGAAAAGCUUUGCACUGGGACAUCCCUCUGAUCGUGAUCAUUAUCCUGGCAGGCAGCUGCACCCUCCUCCUGGUGGCCAUAAUCACCAUUGCCACCACCUGCAACAGGCGCAAGAAGGGGAACGAUAUCAAAAACAAUAGUUCCUUGAAGGAGCAGAUAGACAUCUCCCAUCUGGAGAAGGGUCGGCAGGAGGACAGCGGCCAGAGGGGGAACGUGUUCGAGGUACGAACCUUUCCCAGCAAAACCUCCUUCACCAGCCCCGAUUCUUCUCCAGCUGCUGAAGAGAUCUCUGCUUCUGAGAACGGCAGCGACAGCACUUGCCUCUAUGAGGGUCAGAAGAGGCUCAGAGGAACAAACGGGGAGGGUUUCACUGCCACUCCAAGCUACAGCAAAGAGCCUGCCCCCGCUGUGGCCAUUUGGAAGGGACAUUCGUUCAACACCAUCUCUGGUCGAGAGGCAGAAAAGUUCAGUGGCAAAGACAGUGGCAAAGGCGACAGUGAUUUUAAUGACAGCGACUCAGAUAUCAGUGGAGAUGCCCUGAAGAAGGAUCUCAUCACACACAUGCAAAACGGACUGUGGGCCUGUACUGCUGAGUGCAAGAUCCUGGGUCAUUCAGACCGCUGCUGGAGCCCCUCCUGUGGCCGAGCCAACUCUCACCCAUCUCCCCAUCCUUCGGCACCUCUCUCCACCUUCUGCAAAAGCACUUCUUUGCCCAGGGAUCCCCUUCGCAGAGACAGCUUUUACCAGGCACAGCUGCCGAAGACAGUGGGGCUCCAGAGCGUCUAUGAGAAAGUGUUACACAGGGACUUUGAUCGGACAAUCACGCUGCUCUCCCCACCACGUCCUGCAAGGCUUCCAGACCUUCAGGAGAUCGGGGUGCCCCUGUACCCAGCCCCCUCAACUAGAUACCUGGGCCCCCAGACUGACACCACUGAGAAAGUGUAACCCUACACGCUCCCCGCCCAAGUACACACAUCCAUACGCGCACAUGACUAGGUCACUUCCAAGAGACUCUAAGUUAUUGACCAGAUCCAGUGUUGUACAUGUAAAUAUGCAAGAUGUGCCUUAAAAAUGAAGAUGUUGGGAAAGAUUUCCAAUCACGUCAGUACUGUUUGGUAUUUGCAAACAAAAAACUGUUUGUAGUUAAUGUAAUUUUUAUGAAAUGUGCAGUAUUUAAUUUUUUCUUUUCAUGU